AUGCGACGACGCUUCCGCGAACUGAGCUUCCUCGCCGACUAUCAGGAUCCGCCUGAGCCGGGUAGCUGCGAAGACUACCCGCUGCGCAUCUACAACAACCUCAAGAUCAACACGCCAACACCUCUGUGGAUUACGUCGCCAACUGAACUUGAAGUCAACGGUGUCUUGAUGGUACCUACCAAGCCGUUCUGCAUCUCUGUGCCGCUGUACACGCUCGUCUUCUCUAUGGCGCCCCUCGGCCCGGCUUUCGCGAAGGGUUGGUCUAAACUGCCGAGUGAGCUUAAGGUAGAAAUCCUGGCCCACAAUCUCGUCAUAGACCCAGAACGCGGGGUUUCGUCUUUCUCGGACGUCCGGGAGACAUUCCUCGAGCACCUUCAAAUGACCCCUGAGAUUGCCGAACUCGCGAAACAUGUCUUCUACAAGAUGAACGUGUUCAACGUAGCGCAGAUUCGCAACCUACGCCUCGUUUAUGCGUAUCCGUCGUCCAUCUUCAACGGCAUGAUCCAAAAGGUCAUGAUCACCGUGACAGAUGGCUGGUUAGUAGUUAGCCGAAUUGCGCAAGCGUCCCAUGGCCUCUCUGGCCUGCGUCAUGUAAGCGUAGGGUUCCACUACGCCCGUAAAUGGGACACGUUUGUGGCAGGUGCUAUGGAUGUGCAGUUCAGGUGCCGCGGCGAGAUUUUCAUCUUUGGUGGCGGUCCUUUUGAGUCUGAGCGCAAUGUGCCAUCCAUCCAGGACCAGAUGGACUACCUAAAGUCUAGGAUUUCGUUUCUCCCAUGA